CGGAUCCCGCCACAACACUUAGGCCCGAAUCGACAAAGAUGAGCCUGCUACUUUGCUACUGCGACGGCUGAACUCGAUGCGCUUGGAAGAGUCACUGAGAGGACAAGGGAAAGCCGCAAUCGCAUCGGGUCCAAUCCAAUCGAUUCAAGUUUAAAAAACCGCCCACCUGUGGAUAUACACUAAUGCGCUACCGAUUCCUAUAACCGGACCUCCACGUCCCCUCCAGAGGAUACAAACGUACAUCCAUGGAGGCCCAUCGAUCAACUACGGAGUCCAGGGAGCCAUGGCCGCCGAUUGUUGACGAGUGCUUCAGAUUUCAAGGGUCCAGGCCCAUUUUCUACAUGUACGUAUGCCACGGAAAGUGGUCGCGGGAACGCCACAUGGAGCAGGGACGAGCAUUCAGAACUUUGCCUUCGUCCGAACCCCCAGGCCACGACAUUGUGUGUAAGUCAGUGUACGGUCGACAUCUGGCUGAAUACCUCGAAAGGCCAUAUACUUACUUGGAGGGAAUUGAUUGGGAUUUUCAGGCGCUUAUUGAACCCAUCUUCCUAAUUAAUUCACCAAAAAAGACAAUUCCUGUUGCACCUUGUCUAAGGCAGGUAUCUAAUCAACCUCCUUUUAUCGUGAUCCUGAAAAUCUGUCUCCGCGACCUCGGCGGAACUUCCUUCUCUGUUUUCCCCUCAUACCUCGACCUCCUCCGAGUGCGGAUGCGUCUUGCAGCCAGAUGGGAUAGUGCCUUUCAAAACACCAAGGCUCAGGCAGUCUCGAUUCUAUUCAUUUUCUCUAGUGGAAUAAGACAAGAGACAGAAACACCUCAUGAGACUCUCAAGGCGUAGCCACCAACAACACAACAUGGAUGAUCACCAGCUCUACUAUACAGUACAGCUGACGAACCCCGGGACCAUGAGUGGACAGCGAUCACUCUUGUUCGGGCAAACACCGCCAACUUAGGACCCACGAUGCUGGACUCAUCCAGGGCGUCAAGAAUCGAGAAGCUGGCUCUUCAGCCGUGUCAAUGGUGAAGGGGCGCUAGGCACGUCCGACCCAAUGAGCCUUAAUUUUCCAAGAUUCAAAUACUCCUCUGCUCUGCUGGUUAUGGAAAAUAACACCAGCCAAGCGGAUAGACUAUCGACCAAGGCGCGAUCUAUACUUUGGUGUCGUUCUGCAGUGCACAUGGCAAGGGCCUGCUCGCAGUUCCGUUAACCGCCUCAAGCAUACAACCCGGCCGUUCUCGCAAGCAUGGCAGCCUACGCUUGCCCGAAUCCGUACUGGUCUGAGUUGACCCUCAACGGCCGGAUAUCGCUUGUCAACAUGUACUUGGUACUCUUCUUGACCAAAACACCAGACUCAAAUCCGAGUCAUGACGCCCGUUUCUAAGCUAUGUUUCGACAUUACCUGCUACGAAUCGGGUCUGCUUCAUGUUGAUUUUCAAUAUCACUGCAUGGAAUUUGCCACGAUUUCGAGCCACCUUGUAGAGCAAUUUCGCUGUGUUGUGGCAUCGCGGCUGUCACUUACGACGUAGUAUGCAAGUUGAAACAUAUCUGGUAGCGAGGCAUCUGUGCGACUUCGGACGAUAGCUCAGUUGAGUUUGAACAUUGCCAGAUUUGUCCAUAUUGGCGAUCGCGUCUGUGGCAAUUUGCCGCACCGCUCUCUACAUCUCAUUCCUUCAUUGAGGCAACUUCAGAAAUGGAUAUUGAACAUCAGGGAAUGAGAGCUUGAAUGUAUCUGGAACGCUUCAUCAAGACAGACCCACGACCGUGCGUGAGCUUGGGCUAGGGGUCGCCCUGGCAGAUUUAGGUGGUGGAGCCAUCUUGCCAGCCGCCACAUACAAUUCAGCCCAGCAAGACGAUUUUCAGGGUACCUGGUCGCUGGUUGCUCGAUACAGACCAAGUUCAUGGGCCUGCACAUCCGUCAUGGCGAAACAAACUGAAACUCUCGUCUUGGGGCCGUCACCUCGGCUUCUGAAGAUGUGCCUUCACAAGUGAGGAAAGGAUGAACCACACGACGUUAAUUCUCCCGUGGUGGCUGCCAACUAAAAGACAAGACCAGAGGCUCUUCAGCAACACAUGCCGUCGGUGUGUCCAUCCAGACGCUCAUUGGACGAGGUAGUUCGUCGCAAUUGCGGCUCCGAACCACCUAUUUGAGACUUCGUUCUGGAAACAUGGGCAUCGAGCUGCACACGAACGAGGAGAUUCGGGGAAUACGGAGCUGGGGGAAAUGGGGAGUUGGAGCGCACGUCCAGAUGCGCUGUACCACCAUUUGUUGGCGGAGAACUCUGGGGACUGUCUAGACUUCGUAUCGUGUUACCGGACAAGCAUCCUUUCUAUUUCCAUGAAAGUACACAAUUGCAGACAGGUCCCACGAGUCAAAGUACAAGAUUUAGGUACCAAUCUACUUUGAGGUUCAUUCAUGGAUGUUCUGAAGGACAGGGCAUCAGGCACCUAAAUUCUUAUUCUUCCCUUGGACAGAUUUGAACUGACAGGGUUUGAUAUUGACUUUGGCCAACUUGUGUCUUU